AUAAUUUUUUUCUUUUCUUUUCAAGUUAAUUGUUUAGACGGUAUUGCGCGAAAAUUCCUCGUGUGUGAGUGUGUGUGAAAGAAGUGAUGUAUAAAGUCCGUACGUUUAUCGCCAGUGCGGCGCCACUGGCGUCGCAUUGCUUCGAAGGACGAUUGCUUUGUCUUUCCAAGUUGGAAUGUGUGUUGCCGGUUGUUGCGGCGAGGUUGAGAAGUACCAAGGCCUCGCCCGAGUCCUUCCUCAAUGGUUCUUCGUCGAAUUAUGUGGAGGAGAUGUACAACCGGUGGCUGGAAGAUCCGAGAAGCGUCCACGCAUCAUGGGACCAGUUUUUCCGGAACACGGAUGCUGGUGCAGCACCCGGAGAAGCUUACCAACCUCCCCCGACGGGUCUCGGCGUGUACAGUGGCAACACUUUGCCUCUGGCGUCCAUUUUACCCAGUUUGGCCCUGUCUGGGUCGAAAACUGGUCACGUGGACGAGAAAGCCAUUGCCGACCAUUUGGCUGUGCAAGCCAUUAUUCGAUCCUACCAGCAACGUGGGCAUCACGUGGCGUAUCUUGACCCACUGGGAAUCAAGAUUGAGGAGCAGUACAAGAAGUAUUGCACCAUGACCCAGGAGAACUUGACCUUGGAGGAAUACAGGAGGCAUUAUAUCAUGAGAUCGUCUCACUUCGUCGGUUCAUCUGGCUGGAUGCCAGGUCUGUGGGGUUCCCUGGUGGCAUGGUUUUUAACUGUCCAAUACCGCCGCCUGGCCCGAUCGGCGGGAUUCGAGGGCUUCCUGGCCAAAAAGUGGUCGUCGGAGAAGCGAUUCGGACUCGAAGGCUGCGACAUGCUCAUCCCGGCCAUGAAGCAAAUCAUUGACAAGUCCAGCGAAAUGGGCGUCGAGUCCAUCAUCAUGGGAAUGCCGCAUCGUGGUCGUCUCAACGUGUUGGCCAAUGUUUGCAGGAAGCCGUUGGAGCACGUGUUUUGUCAGUUUGCUGCCCUCGAAGCUGCAGAUGAGGGUUCAGGGGACGUCAAGUACCACUUGGGUACUUACAUGGAGCGAUUGAACCGCAUGACCAAUAAGAAUAUUAGACUCAGCGUUGUUGCGAACCCGUCUCACUUGGAAGCCGUGGAUCCCGUCGUGCAAGGACGCACUCGUGCAGAGCAAUUUUAUCGCGGAGACAACGAAGGACAGAAGGUCAUGUCAAUUUUGCUGCACGGGGAUGCUGCGUUUUCGGGUCAAGGAGUCGUUUACGAAACUUUCCACUUGUCGGAUUUGCCGGAUUAUACGACUCGUGGAACGAUUCAUAUCGUGGCGAAUAACCAGAUUGGCUUCACGACUGAUCCCCGGUUUUCUAGGUCUUCUCCUUAUUGUACUGAUGUUGCCAGAGUUGUGAAUGCUCCGAUUUUCCAUGUGAACGCUGAUGACCCAGAGGCUGUGGUUCAUGUCUGCAACGUCGCUGCGGAAUGGAGGGCGACUUUCCACAAGGAUGUUGUGAUCGAUCUGGUUGCGUAUCGCAGACACGGACACAAUGAAAUUGAUGAACCCAUGUUCACUCAGCCUGUCAUGUACCGGAAAAUCAAAGCCAGGAAACCGGUUGCCGAGUUGUAUUCUGCCCAGUUGGUGAAAAACGGAGUCAUCACCGAAAAGGAAUACAAAGAUUUGAUUGAAAAGUAUGAGCAGAUUUGUGAUGAAGCGUAUGUGAAUGCACAAAAGGAGAAGCAGUUUUACUACAAGCUGACCGAACUGAGGAAGGACCCGAUGAAAGUGGCUCCGACUGGACUCAAGGCGGAAACCCUGCAGCACAUCGUCACUAGGUUCUCUUCUCCUCCGCCAAAUGCCGCAGAUUUUAAAAUCCAUCGCGGGUUGGAGCGUAUUUUGAAGGGCAGGAUGGAUUUGGCAGAAGCCCGCAGUGUCGACUGGGCCAUGGGAGAAGCCCUUGCUUUUGGAUCCCUGCUGAAGGAGGGCAUUCAUGUCAGACUCUCAGGCCAAGAUGUUGAGCGUGGAACUUUCAGCCACAGGCAUCACGUGCUUCACCAUCAGACAGUGGACAAGGCCACUUACAACAUGCUGCAGCACUUGUACCCCGAUCAGGCUGCUUACACUGUCUGCAAUUCCUCGCUGUCUGAAUACGCAGUCUUGGGUUUUGAGCUGGGAUUCUCUAUGACGAAUCCGAAUGCCCUGGUGUGUUGGGAAGCCCAGUUUGGGGACUUUUCAAACACUGCCCAGUGCAUCAUUGACCAGUUUAUCGCUAGUGGCCAGACGAAAUGGGUUCGGCAGUCUGGACUGGUUGUGCUGUUGCCGCAUGGCAUGGAAGGAAUGGGCCCUGAACACUCGAGUGCUCGCCUGGAACGUUUCCUGAUGAUGUGCCAAGAAGACCCAGAUUAUUUCCCGCCGGAAACUUCGGAAUUCCCCGUGCGCCAAUUGCACGACAUCAACUGGAUCGUGUGCAAUCCCACGACGCCCGCCAAUUACUUCCACAUGCUGCGCAGGCAAAUUGCGCUGCCUUUCCGCAAGCCCCUGAUUGUCAUGACACCCAAGUCCCUGCUCAGACACCCCGAGGCCAGGUCAUCCUUUGAUGAGAUGGGCGAAGGCACAGAGUUUCAGAGGAUUUACCGCGAGGCUGGACCAGCUGCGCAGAACCCUGACGCUGUGCAGAAGCUGAUUCUUUGUUCUGGCAAAGUUUACUACGACCUUACAAAAGUGAGGAGGGAGAAACAUCUGGAAGACAAAAUCGCUAUUGCCAGGGUUGAGCAGCUGGCUCCGUUUCCCUAUGAUUUGGUGAAACAGGAGAUCUUCAGGUAUCCCAAUGCGACUCUGCAGUGGGUGCAGGAAGAGCACAAGAACCAGGGUGGGUGGAUCCACGUCCAGCCCAGGAUAAACACGGCCAUUUCAGGCUCGAGGCCCGUUCAGUACGUGGGCAGAGCAGUGAGUGCGUCUCCGGCCACUGGAGGCAAGCACGCCUACCAAAUGCAAAUGGACCAGUUCCUGUCUGAGGCCAUGGCUUUGUGACUAGACAAAGGGGGAAGCAGUCCGUCGUCGUCUGCAUCGGCGUCGUCGAAAGCGACAUCUGGUGCUGCUCGCGAAAAGCAGUCUUGGUGGCAAUCCAUCUUCGGCACGUAGUCGAGAAUUUUCCGAAGAAUGUUUUUUUUUCUCUCUUCCUCGCUCACGUUUCGAUGUCAUUUUCCUUUCCUGGUUUUCUCUUGUUUUUUUGGUUUUUUUCGGCGUGGUUUAAUGCAGUUUCGAGAUGAGAAAGAAACGGGGGAGAAAAAAAAGUACUUUUUGUUUCGCGGAUGGAUGCGGAUUCGAACUCCGGCCCUCCAGAGUGAUGCCAAUAAGUGCAAGAGUGUUUUUUUUUUUAGUGUACUGAACUACUUUAGCUUUAUUUAGGUUUGACGGUUUGAAUUUUGUUUUAGGUUGCUGUUUCGAGUUACCAAGUGGCAAGAAUGAUCCCCUGUGACCGGAUAUGACUAAUUUAAAUGUAGUAAAGUCACGUUUUUAUGGUUGGAGUUUUUUUGUGUCUCCCAUAAGUAGUUUGAGUUCUGUAGUCGAUUCGUUUUUUUAAUGCUGCAUUUUGCGCUCAUGAAGAAGAAUUUUGUGGAAGAUCAUUUGCGUUGACUGCCCCUUGUCUAGAGUGUAAAAUUAUGAAAACAUUUUCGGUAAUUUAUUGGCGAGAAGAACGAAAAUCCGGAUGUGAAGGGUGGUUUUUAGCUGGCAUGUUAUAUGUGCUUUGCUUCAGACAAAAACUGGUUGGUUGAUUCGAUUCAACUGCGAAGUGACGAAUAUGCCUGAAAUCAUGUGUGGAAACGUCUGGUUUUCCCUAUUUUGUUUUUAGGCUGCGAAGAAAAUUCGUGUAGGGUUGUUUCAGUGCAAGUUAUUGUCCAUGUGAUGCGAAAGCUUGCCCUAGAGUACCGAAGUACACCAGUAUUUUCAAAAAUCCGA